AUGAGUUGUCAGAUCACGUGCAAGUCUCGAAGAGGAGGAGGCGGAGGAGGAGGAGGCAGAUUCCGGGGCUUCAGCAGUGGCUCAGCUGUGGUCUCUGGAGGGAGCCGGAGAUCGACCAGCGGCUUCUCUUGCUUGAGCCGCCAUGGUGGUGGCAGAGGAGGCUCUUGUGGAGGUGGCUUCGGCAGUCAGAGUCUUGUCGGCCUUGGAGGGUACAAGAGCAUCUCUACUAGCGUGGCUGGCUACGGUGGUGGAUUUGGUGGCAGAGGUGGCAGUGGCUUUGGAGGCGGCAGCAGCUUUGGAGGCAGCGGUGGCUUCGGAGGAGGCUCUGGUUUUGGAGGAAGCAGAGGAUUUGGAGGCGGUGGCUUCGGAGGUGGCUUUGGAGGUGGCAGUGGCUUCGGAGGAGGCAGUGGAUUCGGAGGAGGCAGUGGCUUCGGAGGAGGCAGUGGAUUCGGUGGAGGCGGCUUUGGCGGAGGCCGCUUCGGAGGCGGCGGUGGUGGCUUUGGAGGCUUUGGGGGACCUGGAGGAUUCCCUGGUGGAGGCAUCCAUGAAGUGUCCGUCAAUCAGAGCCUCUUGCAGCCUCUUGAUGUCAAAGUAGACCCAGAGAUCCAGAACGUGAAGUCUCAGGAACGGGAACAGAUCAAAACUCUCAACAACAAAUUUGCCUCUUUCAUUGACAAGGUUCGGUUCCUGGAGCAGCAGAACCAGGUGUUGCAGACCAAAUGGGAGCUUCUACAGCAGCUGGAUGUGGGCACCCGCACCACCAACCUAGACCCCAUCUACCAGGCCUAUAUUAGCACGCUCAAGAAACAGGUGGAUAGGCUGACUGCAGAAAGAACCUCGCAGGACUCAGAGCUGAACAACAUGCAGGAUCUUGUGGAAGACUUUAAGAAGAAGUACGAGGAUGAAAUCAACAAGCGCACAUCUGCUGAGAAUGAGUUUGUGACGAUUAAAAAGGAUGUGGACAGCUCCUACAUGGACAAGACCGAGCUGCAGGCCAAGGUGGACUUACUGAUGCAGGAAGCUGAAUUUCUGAGAACACUCUAUGAUGUGGAACUGUCCCAGCUACAACAGACUGUCACUGACACCAAUGUCAUCCUGUCCAUGGACAACAACCGAAGCCUUGACCUGGACAGCAUCAUCUCUGAGGUUCAGAGUCAAUAUGAGAUCAUCGCCCAAAAGAGCAAGACUGAGUCAGAGGAGCUGUACCACAGCAAGUAUGAAGAACUCCAGGUCACUGCCGUGAAACAUGGGGACAGCUUGAAAGAGAUCAAGAUGGAGAUCAGCGAGCUGAACCGCACAAUCCAGAGGCUGCAAGGGGAGAUAUCCCACGUGAAGAAGCAGUGUAAGAGUGUGCAAGACUCCAUUGCAGAUGCGGAGCAGCGUGGAGAGCAUGCCCUCAAAGAUGCCAGGACCAAGCUCACUGACCUGGAGGAGGCCAUGCAGCAGGCCCGCGAGAACCUGACCCGGCUGCUCCGGGACUACCAGGAGCUCAUGAACACUAAACUGGCCCUGGAUGUGGAGAUCGCCACCUAUCGCAAACUGCUGGAGGGCGAGGAGUGCAGGAUGACUGGAGAAAUCAGUGACAACGUGUCUGUGUCCGUGACAAGCAGCACCAUUUCCUCAUCGGUGGCAUCCAAGGCUGGCUUUGGCUCUGGAGGAAGUUCUGGAGGAAGAGGGUCCUAUGGAGGAGGCAGCUCCUACGGCUCUGGAGGCAGAGGCUCCGGAGGAGGCGGAUACAGCUCUGGAGGAGGCUCCAGGGGAGGCUCUGGAGGAGGCGGAUACAGCUCUGGAGGAGGCUCUAGGGGAGGAUCUGGAGGAGGUGGAUACAGCUCUGGAGGUGGCUCCAGGGGAGGUUCAGGCUCUGGAGGAGGCGGAUACAGCUCUGGAGGCGGCUCUAGGGGAGGUUCAAGUUCUGGAGGAGGUGGCUACAGCUCUGGAGGCGGCUCCAGGGGAGGUUCAGGUUCUGCAGGAGGCGGAUACAGCUCUGGAGGCGGCUCCAGGGGAGGUUCAGGCUCUGGAGGAGGCUCUAGGGGCGGGUCUGGAUCUGGGGGCGCAGUAUCUGGCUCUGAAAGGGGGGGCGCUGGUUCAGGGGAAAGCUGUGGCUCCGGGGUGACCUUCUCUUUUAGAUAGAGAUGGGUCUUCUCCCUACUCUUUGCUUCCAGAAUAUCAGCUGUAUCUCUGUAUCUCUAACUCGGAGCAACCCCAAUUUUUGUAAUCCAGCUCUGAUGACAUUUAUUCUAAGAGGGGGUGAUGAAAGAUCUCUCACAAACAGAGUCAGAGCUACACGCUGUGUUCUAGGAAUGAAUCUGUGUUUCCAAGUGUGUCUCCAAGCCAUGUCCCACCCCUGGUCUGCUUGCACUGCCAUCUGGCAGUCAUUUCCAGAUGUGCUCUGCUGAGGACCGCAGGGUAGCCUCCCUCUUCCAUCCCCCAACAGUGGUCCAGGGAAACUAU